AUGCUUCUGCAACUGAAUCUGGUGGGAGUUGUUUUAGCAGCCAUGGCAGCAACAACAAAUGCUCAAGCAAAGCCAGGUUGCCAAGACAGCUGCGGCAACGUUAGCAUCCCAUUUCCAUUUGGGACAAAACCGGGCUGCUACUACAACGACGAAUUUCUCAUAACUUGCAACAACACUUUCAAUCCUCCCAAACCUUUUCUAACAAACAGUAGUAUUGAUGUCACCAACAUUUCACUCCAUGGCCAGCUGCAAAUCAUGCAGUAUAUAGCCCGCGAUUGCUACAACAAGUCGGGUGCACAGACCGCACAUAACGUGCCCUGGCUCGGGCUGUCCAAAUUCAGAAUUUCUAGUACCAGAAACAAGUUCACAGCAAUUGGUUGCGACACUUACGCGACCAUUCAAGGUUACCAAGGUAGUAAAAAUUAUGCCAGUGGGUGCAUAUCAGUAUGUGACAGCAUAGACUAUGUUACCAACUGGUCUUGCUCUGGAAUUGGUUGUUGCCAAACAUCGAUCCCAAAAGGAGUAGGAUUUUAUGAAGUGACAUUGGAUAGCUUUUUCAAUCAUACAAGAGUGUGGAAUUUCAGCCCCUGCAGUUUUUCCUUUGUUGUUGAAGAGGAUAGGUUCAACUUCUCCUCCAACAAUCUUAGUGAUUUAAAGAAUGUAAACAAGCUUCCGGUGGUGCUUGAUUGGGCAAUCGGAAAUGAGACAUCGUGUGAAGUUGCAAGAAAGUCCUCAGGAUAUGCAUGUAAAGAUAACAGCAACUGUUAUGAGGUUGAUUAUGGUUCUGGGUAUCGUUGCAAUUGCUCGGAAGGUUACAAUGGAAACCCAUACCUUCCUAAUGGUUGCCAAGAUGUCAAUGAAUGUAAUGAUCAAACACUUAACGAGUGUGAAAAAAUUUGUGAAAAUACCGCCGGGAAUUACACGUGUUCUUGUCCUAAGGGGUACCAUGGAGAUGGCAGAAAAAAUGGAAGUGGCUGCACUGCUGAUCAACUACUGGUAAUUAAGAUUGUUCUAGGUAUUGCAAUAAGUGUUACAGUUCUACUUGUGGGUUUCACUUGGUUGUACCUGGGACUCAAGAAAAGAAAGCUCAUUAGGCUCAAAGAGAAGUUCUUUCAGCAAAAUGGUGGUUUAAUGUUGCAACAGCAACUCUCUAGACGGGAAGGAUCCACAGAAACAGCAACAAUUUUCACAGCCGAAGAGCUCAAAAAGGCCACUGACAACUACAGUGAUGACAGGAUUGUAGGACGAGGAGGUUAUGGUACAGUUUUCAAAGGAAUCUUAACGGAUAGCAGAGUAGUAGCCAUCAAGAAGUCCAAAUUAGUGGAUCAAAGCCAAAUAGAACAAUUCAUCAACGAGGUCAUUGUACUCUCCCAAAUCAAUCACAGAAAUGUGGUCAAACUUUUGGGUUGUUGUUUGGAGACAGAAGUCCCUUUAUUAGUUUACGAGUUCAUCACAAAUGGAACUCUCCAUGACCACAUACAUAAUGAAAGUAAGAAGUCUUCACUUUCCUGCCAAACUCGUCUAAGGAUAGCAGCAGAAACUGCCGGAGUACUGUCUUAUUUGCAUUCUGCAGCUUCGAUUCCUAUCAUCCAUAGAGAUGUCAAGCCUACAAACAUACUCUUAGAUGACAAUUACACUGCAAAAGUGUCUGACUUUGGAGCAUCGAGGUUAGUUCCCCUUGAUCAAAUGCAAUUAUCUACAAUGGUUCAAGGAACUCUUGGAUACUUGGACCCUGAGUACUUACAGACAAGUCAAUUGACUGAGAAAAGCGACGUUUAUAGCUUUGGGGUUGUCCUUGUGGAGCUGCUAACGGGAAGGAAGGCAGUCUCAUUUGACAGGCCAGAGGAGGAGAGAAAUCUAGCUAUUUAUUUUCUUUAUGCGUUGAAAGAAGAACGUUUGUUUGAAGUUCUUGACCACAGUAUUGUUCAUGAAGGAAAUACUGAGCAACUCAAAGAGGUUGCUGUUCUUGCAAAGAGGUGUUUACGAGUAAAUGGGGAGGAAAGACCUAGCAUGAAAGAAGUAGGAAUGGAACUGGAGGGACUAAGAAAGAUAGAGAAACAUCCAUGGGUUAACGAUGAAUUGAAUUCUGAAGAAACUGAGUACCUGCUAGGUGACACGUCGGACUCUUAUGGAUUUGGAGUUGCUCAUAAGACAACAGGUGAGUAUGAUAGCACGAGAGGGCAUAUUGUUCUGCCAUUAGAUGGUGGGAGGUGA